AUGUCUGAAGCUACCACACCGCAUGUGCAGACCGCGGCGAAUGGCAAGGCCCCAGAGACCCAGCUUGAACAGCAACAACAAAGUGGCCCUGAAGCCUCUGGCGUUGGUUUUCGUCCUCACCAUGAUCUCAUCAAUGUUCAGCCUGCUCGGCUAGAUGAUUUGCAACCUAGAUACGCGCAGGUACUUCUACCUGACGAAGAAAACCCUGCUGCCCAUAGCUGGUACUCUGGCUUCAUACACGGACUAGGCGAGAUCAUUGGUACCUUGGGAGCUAUACCUUGCUGUUUCUGCUGCCCUAACCCCUUCACUCCUGUUAACCAGGGUCAAGUCGGAUUGGUGACCAAAUUUGGCCGUUUCGAGCGUGCUGUUGAUCCUGGUCUUGUGAAGGUCAACCCGCUCAGCGAGAACCUGACAACCAUUGAUGUUAAAAUCCAGAUCGUUGAGGUACCGCGUCAAGUCUGCAUGACCAAGGAUAACGUUACUCUCCACUUGACUUCGGUCAUCUAUUAUCAAAUCGUCUCUCCUCAUAAGGCCGCUUUUGGCAUUACCGAUAUCCGUCAGGCAUUGGUUGAGAGAACACAAACCACUCUUCGCCAUGUCGUCGGUGCUCGUGUGUUACAGGACGUUAUCGAACGUCGUGAAGAACUAGCCCAGUCUAUUGGUGAAAUUAUCGAAGGUGUUGCUGGCGGGUGGGGUGUUCAAGUUGAAUCUAUGUUGAUCAAAGACAUCAUUUUCAGCAAUGAACUUCAGGAGUCUCUCUCGAUGGCUGCUCAGUCCAAGAGAAUUGGUGAGAGUAAGAUUAUUGCUGCCCGUGCGGAAGUCGAGGCUGCUAAGCUUAUGAGAGCUGCCGCCGACAUUCUAUCUUCCGCUCCAGCAAUGCAGAUCCGAUACCUCGAUACUAUGCAGGCAAUGGCUAAGAGCUCAAACUCCAAGGUUAUUUUCCUCCCUGCUGCCAACAACCAGGCCGCCAUGCAGGCUGCGCUUGCCAAUGAGACUGGAGGAAGCUCCAGUCGUCGUCAAGACAACCCCUUUGAGCAGGACGGAAAUGACGGUUUCCAGACUGCCAUGAACGCCCAUGUCGUGGAGAAUAUUUGA